AUGGCGGCCACUCAGCAUGUUGCUGCAACGUCUAAGAGCCACCGGAUCGCCAUGCAGGUUCAGCAGAAGGCCGAGGCUCCGCUUCAGGGAGACCACCGCGACACGGACCUGAUCAGAGAGUGUGCCGAGAGCACGGCGUCCGACUGGCUGCAGCUCUUGCCCAAAACGGAGAACAAACUCAAGCUGGUCGCCACCGCUGUGGGCUUCUACAAGACCUCGGCACAAAUAUGCCGUGUGUUGGAAAGACUGGAAGAGGAGUAUAAGAGGGAGGAGGUUUUCUGUGGAGGCGCAGACAAACUUGGCCCCAACUGUGAGAUGGACCACUUGACCUCCAUGAUCAGUAAACACCUGGAGCAAAAGGAAUCUUUCCUCAAGGCGCGCACUCUGGCCAGGGGAAUGGCGGACACCGUCCUCAAGUACAUGAACAGGAACACCGUCAACAUGGCAAUGCUGAGUCACGACGAAGCACCGGAUCAGCAAAUCCAAAAUAUCCUUAAUGACCUGCUGGAGAGAGAAAGUCGCCUCCUCUACUUGUGGACCCUAAAGAAGGAGCGUCUGGACCAGUGUCAGCAGUAUGUGGUGUUUGAACGGUGUGCCAAACAGGCCCUGGAAAGGAUUCACGACACGGCCGAGGUUUACCUUUCCAUCCACUUCUCCGCUGGCUCAAGCAUCCAAUACAGGCAGGAGAUGUUGAAGGAGCAAGAGUACUUCCACACCAUCGCCGAGCAUAUCGAGGAGUGCGUGAAGCUGCUCAUCCAGCUGGCGGAUGGCUACUGCAACACAGGUCAUAGCCAUGCUGCCGAGAUUAAGAAAUGGGCGACGACCCUGGACGUGUGCUACCGGGACUUCUCCCUGCGUAUGGACAAGCACCGCUGCAGCGUGGAGAAAACCUCGGGUAUCUCAGCCGACUCCAACAAGGAUCUCCAAAUGAACAUGAUUUCUGCCGCAGCUCAGGGGUCAGAUGUCCAAAUGGGGGAUGCCAAACAUGAACUUAAUGAGAAGAAACACCAGUCUGCACGCAGACGCACUCUCAUAAUGGCAGAGCUGAUGCAGACGGAAAAGGCCUACGUGCGAGACCUGAAGGAGUGCAUGGACACUUAUCUGUUGGAGAUGACUAGCGGGAAGGAGGCGACCCCUCCAGGAAUCCUCAAUAAGGAGCACAUCAUCUUCGGGAACAUGCAGGAUCUUCAUGAAUUCCACAAUAACAUCUUUCUUAAGGAGCUGCAGAAAUAUGAACAGUUUCCUGAAGACGUUGGCCGUUGUUUUGUCACAUGGGCUGAUAACUUCCAGAUAUAUGUGGAUUACUGCACGAACUACCCAAAUUCCACUCAGCUCAUCCUGGACCAUGCUGUGAACUAUUUUGAUGAAAUUCAGCAGACGCGCCAACUGGCGCACGCAGUCAUCUCAUACCUGAUUAAGCCUGUGCAGAGAAUCACAAAAUAUCAGCUCCUGCUCAAGGAUCUGCUGGAAUGCUGCGACGAAGGCAAAGGCAAGCUCAAGGACGCCGUGGAGGUGAUGACUAGCAUUCCCAAGAAAGCCAACGACGCCAUGCAUCUCUCCGUGCUGGAAGGUUUUAAUGAGAACAUUGAAUCUCAGGGCAAGCUGAUCUUUCAGGGGAACGUCCUGGUGCGGCAUCCAAAGAGGCUGAUCCACAAGGGCCGAAAAAGCCACCUCUUUCUCUUUGGGAUGUCCCUAGUAUUCAGCAAGGAGGUCAUGGACUCCAACGGCCAGAACAAAUACAUCUACAAGCGCAAACUCUCUACCUCCGAGUUGAAGGUGACAGAGGACAUUAAGGGAGACCCCUGCAAGUUUGCUCUUUGGGUGGGAUGCACACCCACGCCUAACAAGAUUGUUCUUAAGGCGUCCGACAUAAAGAGCAAGCGGGAAUGGAUCAAGCGGAUCGGGGAGGUGAUCCUCGAGCGCUCAGUUAACCGCCACAAGUGCCUGGGGAGGACAGCUGACAGCUCCACGGCCCUGGAGGGCUCGGGGCCCUGCUCCGUGCCCAGCGGUGCGCAGUCCAUGGAGAUGGACAGCGUCGUCAACUGCAAAGGCAACACGAGGCGAAGGUGGCUGAGGAACAUCAAGGCAGGCGGUCUCAAGAUGAGAUGCGUGGCCCCUGAGCACGGGGGGAGAGCGGUAACGGUGGCGACACGGGUCACGACGCUGCAGCAAGAGGGAAGGCGAAGCGUGUCCCAAGUCGUUGCCCCUGACUCCACCAGGGGCAACCGUGACCACCAAGUUGAGUUUGGCCAACUUGGGGGACCCUGGCUGAAGCCCACUUCGUGUCACGACCGUGGCUGUUCAGCAGCAGUGUAG